AUGGAAAAUUCAAUACCUCCCUCAUCCACCCACAGCCACUUGGUUCGGGAUGAGACCCUCGAAAGCCUGCGCAGUGUGGGAAUAACAGAGAACGCCCCUGCUCCCGACUACAGCUACCCAGAGACGAGACGAAAGGAGCGCCCAGUAUUUCCAGAAGAAUAUGUUGUCGAAACAAGAACUGGCCUUGUUCCCCAAAAGACUUUGGAACAGGUUCGAUCCGUUUCAUCAUCAGCGACAGCGCGAGCGCCGGAAGACAAUGAGAACGCCGAUUUAGAAAAAGGGCCCAAAGAUACACCCGAGUUCAUCACCUUCACAAUCAAUGAUCCAGAACACCCUUACAAUUGGUCCCGCGCUUAUCGAUGGUACAUCACGCUGGUCGCAUCUGCACUAGUGGUGUGUGUUGCAUAUGGCUCGUCUAUUGUUACGGGUGGCUUAGGCUUGAUCCAAGAAAAAUAUAACGUAUCUCUUGAGGUCGCUAUUCUGACAUGCUCAAUCAUGGUCUGUGGCUUCGCAGUUGGGCCCUUACUCUGGUCACCAUUGUCGGAGAUCAUCGGACGAAGACCAGUGUACAUCAUCUCGCUUGGUCUUUACACGAUCUUCAAUAUUCCAUGUGCCUUGUCACCCAAUAUCGGUGGACUCCUAGUCUGUCGUUUCCUGUGCGGUGUAUUUUCCAGUUCGGGCCUUUCCCUCGCUGGUGGGACUAUCGCCGACAUUUGGAGCAUCGAGGAACGGGGUAUGGCCAUUGCCUAUUUCGCAGCUGCUCCCUACUGUGGCCCCGUCAUCGGACCGAUCGUCACAGGCUGGAUCAAUGUUGGUACACAUCGACUUGAUCUAUUCUUCUGGACAAAUAUGGCCUUUGCCGGUGUGAUUUUGAUUCUAGUGGGGUUUGUUCCCGAGACAUACGCACCCAUUAUUCUGAAAAAGCGUGCUGCCAAAAUGCGGAAAGAGACUGGCAACCCAAAUAUCAUGACUGAACAAGAACAAAAGAAACUUUCGCUUGGUGAUAUUGCUCGAACAAAUCUGAUUCGCCCUAUUACGAUGAUAAUGACGGAGCCUGUCUUGGAUUUGAUGUGCAUGUAUAUCAUGCUCAUCUACUCGAUGCUAUAUGCCUUCUUCUUCGCGUACCCCGUUAUCUUCGGAAAACUCUAUGGCUAUAACGACGGACAGAUUGGCCUGAUGUUUAUCCCCAUAUUGAUCGGUGCGGCUAUAUCUCUGCUGAUCACCCCUGCCAUUGAGAAGCAAUUCAAAAAAGUCUGCCAAUCUCGGGCUCCUACCCCCGAAGACAGACUUAUUGGGUCACUUAUCGGAGCCCCGUUCAUCCCGAUCGCAUUCUUCUUGCUGGGAGCAACCUCCUACCAGCAUAUAAUUUGGGUUGGACCGGCUUCAUCUGGUAUUGCCUUCGGGUUUGGUAUGGUUCUGUGCUACUAUGCCGUGAACAACUAUCUCAUCGACGCAUAUCAGAAAUAUCCCGCAUCGGCGUUAGCAGCGAAGGUGUUCCUCAGAUCUGGUGGUGGUGCCGCUUUUCCUUUGUUCAUCACACAGAUGUAUGACCGCCUCGGACUACAAUGGGCAUCGUGGUUACUGGCAUUCAUUGGCCUGGCAAUGGUUUUCAUUCCUUUUAACUUCUACUUCUUUGGCAUCAAGCUUCGUGCAAAACUUGGACGCGAUUGA